AUGGCAGGCGAAGACGAUGUGAAGCCCAGCACAAGCCAAACGGUCAUCGCUAAAAUCGAUUAUCCGCCAUUUGAUGCGGAGGAUAUUGAGACAUGGUUUCUUUGUAUCGAAGCCGCUUUCACUGUGAAUCAAGUGAAACACGAUAAAACCAAAUACAACGCCGUUAUAGUUGCACUAGGUCCACGCGCGAAAUUUGUACACUCGACCCUAAUGAAGUGUAAUGCAUCCACCGAAAAUAACCGUUAUGAAACGCUGAAAGUAGCCGUUCUCGCUCAUUUCCAGCCGUCGGAAAUGCAACGCCUAACCAGCCUGUUGUCCGGCAUGGAGCUUGGCGAAAAAAAACCAAGUGUUCUUCUAAGUGAAAUGCGUCGUUUAGGUGGCCAAGGCUGUACCGAUAGUGUAUUAUCCAACCUGUGGCUCCGCGCGUUACCGAACACAGUGCGUUCAAUAAUAGCCGCCAUGCCAAAGUCAAACCUCGAUAAACAAGCUAUUGUAGCGGACAAAAUAAUGGAAGCCCCUCGUGGUGAAGUGUCCGUAGUGAAUUGCUCUGAAACUUCGCUCACGUCAUCUCUCGAGCAGAGGAUUGAUGCCCUGACUCGUCGUCUGGACGAAGCGCUAUCCGGGAAUUUUAGAGGUCGUGAUCCAAAACGCGGUCGUUCCCGUACUCGUUUUCCUCAUCCACGACAAAGAACCCCGUCGCAACCGAGAGCUAGCAAUAGGUGGAUCUGCUGGUUCCACUACCGGCAUGGCAUCAAAGCACAAAAGUGCGAAAAUGAGAAUAUUCCGUGCAUUUUUUUCGACGGAAAAAUACCCGUGUACACCCAUCCACGGAACAACACCGGUGCUGACAUUUCAGUGCUACCUCCCUCGCCACGAGAACAGCUCCGGUCAACUAACACCAAUCAGUUAUUUGCCGCCAACGGCAGCCCCAUAAAAACCUACGAUACGAAGCGUUUAACCAUCGACAUCGGCCUUCGCCGAUCUUUCGUUUGGGUGUUCACAAUCGCCGAAGUAAAAUCCCCGAUCAUUGGUGCUGACUUUCUGAAGCACUACGACCUACUCGUGGACCUUCGGCGAAACAAAUUAAUCGAUAACACCACUCGCUUGGAAGUCGAUAAUGUCAAUGCCGUUAUUGAACCAAUGAUUUCAACAUACGACAUUAAUAUGCCAUUCGCCGAUCUAUUAAAAGAGUUCCACGAUAUCACCGUACUCAAUAUGAACCAUCGCCCAAGCCAAUGUAGAACAGUGCAUCAAAUCAUCACCACUGGACCACCCGUUUUCUGCAAACCCCGGCGACUUCACAUCGACAAGCUCAACGAAGCAAAAGGCGAGUUCAGAUUUAUCGUAGAACAACGCGCAUACCAUCAAAUACCAAUCGCGCCAGAAGACAUUCCCAAAACGACGAUUACAACCCCGUUCGGUCGGUACGAAUUUAAGUACAUGACGUUUGGACUUCGCAACGCCGGCCAGACUCUACAAAGACAUCUAUACGAGAUUCUGGGUGACUUGGAUUUCGUUUACCCGUAUGUAGACGAUCUUUGUAUCGCGUCAAAAGAUAUUGCCGAGCACAAACAGCAUUUGAGGAUGGUGUUCGAGCGACUUCGUGAAAACGGACUUAUCAUCAACCCAGGGAAAUGUCAGAUCGGCCUUCCCGAGGUCGAGUUUCUCGGUCACCAGAUCACACCCCAAGGGAUCAAACCGAAGCCGAGCAAAGUAGCAGCAAUUUUGGAAUUCCCGAAGCCGACAACCGCGAUGCAAUUAAAAAGGUUCCUGGGCGCAAUCAACUUUUAUCGUCGCUUUAUACCUCGUGCCGCCGAAGUUCAGCAAACUUUACAAGCGAUGAUACAUGGCAACGUUAAAAACGACCGAACCACACUUGUCUGGGAUUCAACUACAACCAGUGCAUUUGAGAAGUGUAAGCAAAACCUUUCAGAUGCCGCACUACUAGCACACCCAUCGACUGAUGCCACACUCGCUCUCGAAGUCGAUGCCUCUGGUACGGCAAUCGGUGCUGUUCUGCACCAAGUAAACGAGGACCGCCGUCAACCACUCGGAUUUUUUUCCCGAAAACUCACCGGUACCCUUCUCAAAGCAAGCAUCUACGACCGUGAGCUGUAUGGUAUGUACGCAGCAGUGAAGCAUUUUCGAGAUGUAUUGGAUGCCCGAGUCUUCUGUGUAUAUACGGACCAUAAACCCCUCGUCUCCGCUUUCAUUCAACGACUUGAAAAAGCAAAUCCCACUCAGCUGCGGAGACUCGCUUUCAUUAGCGAAUAUACCACAGACAUACGACAUGUACCCGGAGAACAAAACAAGGUCGCAGACAUGCUCAGUCGGGUUGAAUCGAUCACGGCCACGAACGAAGCCAUCGAUUUUACCGCCUUAGCCGAUCAGCAAAAAAACGAUCCCGAAUUACAAGUUUAUUUAGAAAACCCUCCUGCGAACACCACUUUAAGAUUAAAAGCGUUCACCUUACCGCUUUCCAAAACCCCAAUUCCAUUCGUCCAUUUGUUCCCGAAAGGUUCCGAAAGCAGAUCAUCAAAAACCUACACAGCGCAUCCCAUCCCGGUGCGCGUGCUACGACUCGCCUGGUAA